UUCUCAGGUGUCAACCCCUUUUCUCUCUUUCUCCGGCAGGUAAACAUGCAGGCAUUUUGCCACAGCAAAGACCUUCACCAAAUCCCUCACGAGCUUCAUCUGAAUGUAAACAAAAUUGAUCUGUCUGGAAACCUGAUUCAAAGCAUUCCUGAAAUGCCAUUAUCAUUUUAUACUUCCCUCCAGUGCCUGGAUUUAAGCUCUAACCAGAUAAGCUUCAUCAAGCCAGGAGUCUUCGUACAAAUGACAAGACUGCGGGAAAUAAACUUAGCCAACAACAAUUUAUAUGAGUUUGCUCAGAAUACGACAGUGGGGAUUGGAUUUUUACCUAAGGUGGAAAUACUGGACUUAUCCCACAACAGUCUCUACAAUGGUAUGGCUGAGUAUUUCAUUAAACAAGCUCCAGCACUGCAGUAUCUCUCCUUGGCGGACAACAGUAUUAUAAUGAUAUCACAGAAUAUGUUUCAGGGUUCUCCCAAUCUUCUGGAGAUAGAUCUCCAGAGAAAUAUCAUCAUGGAAAUAGAAGAAGGUGCUUUUGAGACUCUAGUGAACCUUUCCAAACUCAACCUCUCCAUGAAUUCAAUUACUUGCAUCUCUGAUUUCAACCUCAGGCAAUUGGAAGUACUUGACCUUAGCAGGAACAGCAUUGAGAGCUUCCAUACCACAAAGUCUGAGGAUGAGUAUAGCUUAAGAAGCUUGGAUUUGAGUGAAAACAAACUCCACACUUUCCCGGUCAUUCCCCAAGUGAACAAGCUGGUAAUUCUGAACUUAUCAAAGAAUUUAAUUCAGCUCACUGCAGAAUCCCCUCAUAAUAAAAUGGACUAUAUGGAGAAAGACUGGGUAGAUGCAUCUUUUCAUUUUCUUGAUCAGAAGCAAAGUAGAAAUAAAAGUUCUCUUUAUUUAUCCCAACUCAUAUAUUUAGACUUAAGUUAUAAUCAAAUCAAAUCUAUUCCAAAUGAGUUCUUUGAAUCAAUGUUGUCCCUUCACACCCUUAAUCUCAGUAAAAACUGUCUCCAGGCUUUUACAGUAGCUUAUGACAGCACACUGAUCUCCCUAACCAUCCUCGACUUGAGCUACAAUGGUUUGCAGAACCUUUUCCUCGAUGCUGGAAUAUUGUCAAACUUGAAGGAGCUCUAUAUUCAAAACAACAACCUUCAGAUCCUGCAGUUUGACAUCUUUUCAAGUCUUUCUAGCCUCAAACUGCUUAAUGGACAGAGCAAUAAUAUCAGCCUUUGUAGCAUGUACUCAGGACUGGCCAAGCAAAGGCUUGCUGGAGAGGAAAGUGGCUGUGUAUCAUUUGUUGAUUCUCCUGAUCUUCAGUACUUGUACCUUGCUGACAACAUGUUGACCAUCCUACCAUCGUACACUUUCUAUAAGACUUCCUUGAUUGCCUUGGAUGUCUCCAUGAAUCCAGGACUGAAAAUAGAAGUGAAAGCACUAUCAGGACUGGAAAGGUCUCUAGAACAUUUGUAUUUACAUGGUAAUGGCCUGACAGAAUUAAAUAUUGACUUGCCUUGCUUUAGUCACCUUAAACACUUAAACCUCUCUGAAAAUCAGCUGACUUGGCUACCUACGUGGGGUAAUGGCUCACCAUUGGAAGUUCUGGACCUACGGAACAAUAGGUUUAGUUCACUACAGAACAGCAACAUUUUAGCAUUAGAAAACUCCCUUAAGAACUUAUAUCUCACUGGUAACCCACUCAAUUGCUGUGGAAACAUCUGGCUUUCAUCGAUGAUCCAGAACAAAAACGUGCAUAUCCCCAAUGCAGAGCACUUAACAUGCCAGUACACUCAGAACUUUGGGUACGAGGAAGAAAUGCACAUUGGGAACAUUAGGCCAGAGGACUGUGAAAAAGAGGAUUUAAAGAAAAUCAACUUUCUUAUUAUAUUAACAUUUGUUCUGGUGUUAUCUGUGAUCAUCAUCGGAGUUGGCUCUUUUUUUUGCUUUCGCAGGCAGAACUUCAGCCAUCAGUUUAAAGCAUAGCUCACACCAUGCCUUGACAACUGAAGAAAUCAGGUGCUACACUGCAAGUGUAUAGAAAUGAAGGGUAAAAUUACUGUCUUUGAUUUUUAACUGUGGAUUUCAAGACCAUUUCAAAGUUCCCUUGAUCUGCACCACUUGUAUAGCUCUAGCUUGUGGGGAAUUAAUGGAGAAUUUGUCAUGUUUUGCACUUGCUUCAUUCACAAGCAGAUCUGUAUAAAAAGGUUAUACAGUGGUAGUAGAGAUCCC